AAAAAACGCCUGUCAGUUUUUGCUAAUCCCAACUAAAAUUUAUUUUACUAUUUUUUUCCGAUUCGGCUAGAUAAUGGCGAUGAAGCUCAAAACAGCCGACCUCAGUGAUGCCUACAAUGAUAUUCUACAGUAUGCUGAGCCGAUUUUUAGAGAUUACGGAGGGAGGAAGACUUUUGGCGGAAGAAUAACUACAGUCAAAUGCCACGAAGACAAUGUCCUCGUGAAAACAGCUCUCUCGGAACCCGGCGAUUCGCGGGUCCUUGUUGUUGAUGCUGGGGGGUCGUUAAGGCGGGGGAUGCUUGGAGAUAAUCUUGCAGAAAUGGCUAGCAAGAAUGGCUGGUCUGGCAUUAUUAUGUAUGGCUGCAUCCGAGACUCUGAAGACAUUGCUAAGAUAGAUGUUGGAGUGAAGGCCCUUGGCACAAUGCCUUUGAAAAGCAUCAAGAAAGGACAGGGGGACAGGGAUAUUAUAGUCAAGUUCGCAGGAGCCACCUUUAGACCUGGAGAUUACUUAUAUGCAGAUGUAGAUGGAAUAGUUGUAUCUCCAAAAGAGCUAUGUCUCCCUCCUCCCAAAUUGUAAAAUUAAUUAGAAUUAGUAGAAAUAGAGUUAGACUUUGGAUGUACUUCUUACGUUUGCUGUAAUAGAAAUCCAUAAACCAGCAGAAUUGCAAUUAAAUUGAAUUAGUUAA